AUGGACGGUCUCUCCUUCCUAGACGAGCACAUGGAGCGAGGCCAGAGCAAUGCGACACUGAAGAUAGUCCUUCCUAGUGGAGAGGUCCGUCAGAUCUCCGAUCGCAUCUGCCCGUUCAAGUUCUUGGACAGAUGUCCGCUCCUGUACCACGCCUUUGAGUACGGUUUCCAGAGUCGCUUACAGGCGAGUAUUGAGGCCCUAUCCGAGCAUGCUGUCGUCUCGCUUCUUCGGUUCUGCUACACAGGUAGCUAUCUUCCGCCUCGAGCAGACUAUGAUCCAGUGUCGUUUCUUCCACAUGCCGAGACGUACAAGAUAGCCGAGGAUUUCGAUGUUCCGGAAUUGCAACUUCUCGCGCACGGCAACUUCUCGUGCCAGCUCGAAUUCGCCUGCUGUGUACCCGCCGCGCCCUAUGACUUGGUCGAGACUAUUCGUUUUGUAUAUCGUCACUAUGCCAGUCAGCAGGCUCGUCGGGAGCACGACCUCGUUCCGUCACUUCUCAACUACUGCAUCUCAAAUUUUCUCUACCACAAGCUAGGAGAGGAUGUUGAGUUUCUCAAGAUCGCUGCUGAAAUCCCGGACUUCCGCCAGGACCUAUGUCGCACGAACAUGGAACGCAAUUUCCAGGAUGAGUGUGCAUUCGACAUUGUGCGGUUAUGUCUCGACACUCUCCAGGUUCAACCUUGCGAUCGUCCGACUCUUCUUGCGUCAAGGGACCUGCCAGAUGAGAUGAUGUGCGAUACUCUUCCGGAAACACCCAGCCCUUCAUGCUACCCAUCUGGCGAGAACUUUACAGCUGUAGAGACCGAUCAGGACAACAUGGUCGAUUCUGGAAUCCUUACAUUUGUUCGUCGCCCCAAGGUUGCACAGCCAGCUACGAUCCAAGAGUCCGACGAGGAGUGUCUUGAAGACGAUCAGGGAUUCACGUUGGUGUCCCGCCCCAAAGUCCAGAGCCUUACUACGUUCGACGAACCGAUGUCUAGCCCUGAGUUGACUUCUCGUCCGGUGGUCGACAUACUAGCCGCGACUGGCACCGACUACUCCAGCGACGACGAACCAAUGUCCAGCCCCGAGUUGAUCCCCACUCCCGUAGUUGAUAUACUAUCCGCUACCGGGACCGACUACUCUAGCGAUGAAGAGUGGACACAGAUCUGA